GAAUGCUAAGACUUAGCUAACUGGUUAGUUAUUCUACUAAACCGUAAAUAUAUACAGAACUUUAAACAAGGCAUUAGCUUUAAGGUUAGUUGGUUAAAGUUGCGUAGCUACUUACAUAAACCAAUAAGUCUACGUUAAAGGCCGAGUAACAAAAUUUGCUCGCCUAUAACGAGUAACUGAAAUGUAAUAGUAAUAAAUAAAAAAAAAUUCAGAAGUUAUGUAGGAGUAUAAAGGCAUUACAGCCCAUAACUAAGCAAUCUUCCAUCGGGCGACGUUUUAUAUACAGGAACAGAAUGACGCUUUUGGGGUGGAACUUCCUAUCGCAGAAAUACUUUGGCAGGGAGGUGUAGCCUUUAAGACGAAAAGACGCUCCACGUAUGCUUGGACUUAGUACCAGAUUAAUGGAGAAGAAUGGCACGGAUCUCAUUGGACUGUCCAAACUCUUUACCAGGGUUUCCCCUCAGUGUGCUGUCAGUACCCAUGGAGAAUAAAUACAAAUGCCAGCAGUGUCUACAGAUUUUGAGGAAGCCUGUCCAGGCUCAGUGUGGCCAUCGCUUCUGUGUACACUGCUUUAAGGAGCUCACCAGCUCUGGGCCAAAGCCUUGUGAAGCCUGCCGUCAAGAAGAAAUAUAUGAAGAACCUAUAUCCAUACUAAAUAGUAAUGAGGCCUUCCCAGACAAUGCAGCAGGUAGAGAAAUAUCAAGUCUUCCUGCCAGAUGUUUGAACCAAGGCUGCAGCUGGAGUGGGUCUAUAAAAGAAUAUGAGGCUCAGCACGAAGGUCGCUGUGAAUACGAGCAGAUACAAUGCGAGGCCUGCCAGAACUUCAUUGUUCUCAGAGAUAAAGACAGACACAAUGAGAGAGAAUGUGAAGCAAGGACUCUCAACUGCAAAUACUGCAAAGUGACAUUUAACUUUAAAGAAAUCAAGGCCCAUGAUGAAAUCUGUGUAAAGUUUCCUCUGCAAUGCAAAGACUGUGGCAAGAAGAAGAUCCCAAGAGAAAAGUUCAGUGACCAUGUCAAGUCCUGCGCCAAGUCAAAGAGCGCCUGUCCGUUCAGUGAAGUGGGCUGUAAGUCUGUGAUAGAGAAUGGGAAGCUCAGUGACCAUGAGCACAGCAGCACCAUGGAGCACUUGCGUCUGUUGCUGCCUAUGGUGCUCUCUGUGGCCCGGACACACCCAGAGGCUACUGGACCCGGGGAAUGGCAGGAGGACUCUGGUUUGGGCCUAUACAGGGCUCCAGAGGAGGGGAACGGGGCUGCAGCCCCUGCACAGCCUGUGGACCUGGAAAAAAAAGUGUGCGCUUUAGAAAACAUUGUGUGUGUCCUGAACCGGGAAGUGGAGCGCAGUUCAGUUACGUUGGAGGCUUUCGCACAUCAACAUCGCUUAGACCAAGAAAAGAUUGAAAGUCUGUCCACCAAAGUGCGACAGCUUGAGAGGUCACUGAAUAUGAGAGACUUGCAGCUGUCUGAGACUGAACAGCUGCUGCGAGAACUCCAGUUCUGCACCUACGAUGGAAUAUUUGUCUGGAAAAUCACAGACUUCUCACGUCGCAGGCAGGAUGCUGUGGCCGGUAGAGCACCUGCAAUGUUCUCACCGGCAUUUUACUCCAGCAAAUAUGGAUACAAAAUGUGUCUAAGGCUGUAUUUGAAUGGUGAUGGAACAGGUCGGGGAACUCACCUCUCGCUGUUCUUUGUCGUCAUGAGGGGCAAGUGUGAUGCUCUGCUCAAAUGGCCGUUCAGUCAAAAGGUGACUCUGAUGCUUUUGGAUCAGAACAACAGGGAGCACAUUAUUGAUGCUUUUCGCCCCGAUGUGACAUCCACCUCUUUUCAGCGCCCAAUCAGCGAGAUGAACAUCGCCAGUGGCUGCCCGCUCUUCUGUCCACUGGCUAAACUGGCUGGCAAGAGUCCAUAUCUGAGAGAUGACACAAUUUUCAUCAAAGCCAUCGUAGACCUCACAGGCUUGUAGGGUGCAAUCUGUGGAAGUUGCCCCGAAACCUCUAAGAAAUGAUCAUGAAUAACAAAUGAUAUAUAAAUAAAUACAUAUAAAUAUAUAUAUUUUUAUUUAAUAAUAGAAAAAAUUCUUAUGAAGGUAAACUAUAUUGGUGCAUAUAUUAUUAUUUUAUAGAUGUAUGAAGAUGAUUAAACACUGGGUUUGCAGUCAUCUGUCAUCAUAAUGUGACCUUGGUCACAUAAGUGGUCUUAUAAGUAACUCUAACUAGCUUUAACAAAAUAUUAAAUAUUUCCUGUAAAGUAUAUUAUAAUAAUAAUAACCUAAAAAGACUUUUAAAUUAACAAGUGUGUUUUGAGCAAAUGGGUACACAGAACAUGUAGAUUUUAGUCACUGUAAGCUAUAAUGUAAAAAUCUUCUGAAAUCUGAAAACAGGCUCAGUGGAUACUGUAAAAAAUAUCUACCUAUGACAUAACUUCUAAAUGCAAUUUUACCAGGUUAAAAAGGCUUCAAUAUUGCAAAAUUUCAGUUUUUAUGCCUCCAAUAUAUAUUAAAAAAUUUCCAAGGGGUUUCAAAAGAUGCAAGUCUUGUAUAUCAGCUCUGUUUCUUUGGUAAUCUUUUAGUUUUUUAACCACAUAGUCUAGAUAUAGAACUAUGUAAAAUGGGUAAAAAUUAAUUUGUUCAUUUAGGAAAUUUUUCUCUCCAGCAUGAUUAACGUAUUCAUCAACAACCAUAUAGUUCUGUUUUUGUUUGUAUAUUUUAUAUGUUGAUAUUAAAGUCUAUUAAAGAUGAGCGUCAGCAUAAACUCAGUAAGUAUAUACUUUAGCGUCAAACUUCAGAAGCUCAUGUUUUUUCAUUUGGAGCAGUUCCUGGAGGAGAAUUUUUGCAGUCCUGUGACUUAUAAAAACGCAUGACUUUGCAUUAUGACAGGGUAUUACAAAACCCUGUAAUUCCAUUGUACUAACAUGACUAAAUGUACCAGGAAGAAGGGAAUGGCUGUUGAAUGACUCAUCAGCUAAUUUCACUAUCUUAAAAAAUAAUCUGCACAUUUGGCAAUGAUCAUUAUAUGUUUUAAUUCUAAAUCAACCAAUACUAAACACUGUGAAACAUCCAUCAUCAUCAUAUUGACACGAACGGGAAAACUUUACCUCGCUGGUCUUGUGUUUCUGUGUGAUAUUUUGUUUUUCUAGGUUCUUUUUGUUUUAUGGUAACACCAGGACAGUGUGACUGCUUUUGCUAACUGCUCUCUGUGUAGUUAACCAGAUUACUGUGUUUGCCACAGGUAAUUGCAGUUGGCUUCAGUUACAUGUUUUUUUUUUUAAUUGUUCAUAAUUAAAUAAUUCAGAACUGAAGUAUUCUUCUUUGUGUUUACAUGAACAUAGUAAAACCGAAUUGAGGUUUACAUGGCCGUAAAUGUCAAGGUAAUAUAAAAGUACAUGGCUGUGUGUGGGGAAACUCCUUAGCUACCAUAAAGGUCAGUUAGUUGUAAAUGGUGCUAAGCAAUGUGUAAAUUAUUCUGUCAUUCAGAAGACUUUUGUUCUGUGUGACAGUAUGACUAAUGUCUGGAGGGAUGGGCGAUGAUGAAUGGUCUGACCAUAAUGUACUCUUUUAUUUUAAAAGUUGAAAUGUAGCAAUCUAGUUUUGCCUUUGUCAUACCAGAGAUUAAAGACAUAAGUUUCACUUUAUCACUUUUAAUCAUUUCUUUUAUUUAUUUUUUUUAUCCAGACUAUUGAUGUUUAGUUUUAAAUUACAGAAGUACACCUCUACAAGCUAUGUUGGAGCUUCAAAUAAAGGCUGACUAGUACUACUAUUGCUGAGUCAUUACAGCACUUUUCAACAACAUGCUGCAAAUAAUGUACCUGUGAAAGUGAUACCCCAUGCCCAGGAGCUUCAAAGCUGCCGCUCAUCUUCAAAGCUUCGCAUGUGCAGAUCAGUACCAACACGUGUCAAAAUGUGGUACAUCUGCAGCAGCAGCUUCCUGUAAGACCGGGCUUGUUUCUGGUACCUUCGAGUUUUGUACUCCUUAAUUCGGCUAUUGCACUCAGACCUUACUGAAUGUAUGCAUGAACAACCUCACCAAAAAUAUGCAGUACGUCUUAAUUAAUUGCAUUUGUGUCCCAUGCAAAUAAUUAUAACUUAUACAACUUUAAUUUGACAUUUUACAUUAGUGUCACAUGAAAGUACUGAUCCUCUCUUAGAAGCUGUACUUUGUCAAUAUAUACCAUUUAAUUAUACACGUCAUACCAGAGAAUACGUUGCCAUACUAGUGUUAGUGUAUUUAGAGCCUCACAAGUCUGCAAAGAAGCUACAGCUGCUUGUUUAGUCGUACACCAGUAAUCUACUAAACUUACUUAGAGAAAGGAGACCUGUGUGAUUUGUUAAAGUCCUAACACGCGACUUCAGCUACAGCUUUACCACCAUUUCUCAUGUUACAUCUUCAAAUGAACUGAGUGGAAUUAGUCACCACCACCACAUAAAAUAUAAUUCACAGAUGAGCCCCAGAUAGAAAAGAAAAAAAAACCCACCCAAAGGAAAAAACAUGAGCAAAUGAUGAGGGCAGUGUCUGAAGAUAGUGUUCCUACAUCCUGAAAAACCAAAUACUGAAAACCGCUAAAGUCAGGGUUCUGAUGAAAGCAAAUGUUAUGACUUCUUGACAAAUAGUGAAGUAUUAGUGUAACUACCAUAGAGUGUAUAUAAAAGAGCGGAUGCACAGGCAGAAAUGAUUGACAGACAGCAGCUUAGCUCACAUCCCAUCAUAUGCAUUAGUGGGUGUGGUUUUCACAGUUCAAAAAAACAUUUUUGGGUGCACCACCCCAUUAAAGAUCAUCUUUUACGCGAGAAAUAUACACCUAAUGAAAAUAUGUGCUUUUUAGGGAUGUCCAAUGCUGGUUCUUAGAUGCCACCAUCCUGCAGGUUUUAGGUGUUUCCCUGCUCCAACACACCUGAUUGAAAUUUAUCAAAAGACCCAUUAAUUUGAGUCUGAUGUGUUGAAGCAGGAAACAUUUCUAACUGGCAGGACAGUGGAAUUUACUGUAAUUUCUUCAGCUAUGAAUUCUGUGUUACGUAAAAGUAAAAAUCCACCAAAAAAAAAACAAAUCGGCAGGACAUUUAAGAAAACCCCCAGUGACGAU